UACAUCCGAAUAUAUCAUGGUAUAACGCAGGUUACGUUUAGCAGAAGUAUCAUGAAGUAUCAUCGAAUGAAGUGAAGUGAAGUGUAUUUAAAUCUUCGUGUAAAAGUCUUUCGGUUCUUUUUUAAAUCUAAUUUUGAGAAAGACUGCGGAAAAAAGCAAGUGUCUGUGAUUAUAUGUCCAUUUUGAUACUGUGUAAUGGAUUGCCAUUGUGUAAGCACUGAGAAUUUAUUGACUGAUUCGUGACAGAUUAUACAAGUGUUGAACGACAGAAAGAGGAGAUGGUAUAAGGAUAUCCUCAAUGUAAUAGCUAUUUGACUUUUAAAAUAUGCGUAUGAACAAAGAUAUGUGUAUAAUCAAAUGUGUUUGGCAUAAAUUUAUAAAUUUCAUGUGCAAUCUUUAUGUAUGAGUUUUGAUAAUAAUAUAUCAUCAGUAUGACAUUAUAUUAUUGACUCGCUGUACAGAUAUUGAUUAUUGAAAUAUUAUUUUGUGUGAAACAUGAGUGCUGAACAAAGAUUGGUGACUGAGGUGCCUAGUAGUUUGAAACAACUAGCACGUCUUGUUGUACGUGGAUUUUAUACCAUAGAGGAUGCAUUAAUUGUGGACAUGUUGGUUAGAAAUCCAUGUAUGAAAGAAGACGACAUUUGUGAAUUGCUAAAAUUUGAACGUAAAAUGUUGAGAGCUAGAAUAUCUACAUUGCGCAACGAUAAAUUUAUUCAAGUCAGAUUAAAGAUGGAAACGGGAUCGGAUGGCAAAGCACAAAAAGUCAACUAUUAUUUUAUUAAUUAUAAGACAUUUGUAAAUGUAGUAAAGUACAAACUUGAUUUAAUGAGGAAGAGAAUGGAAACUGAAGAGAGAGAUGCAACCAGUAGAGCUAGCUUUAAGUGUUUAAAUUGUUUAAAAACAUUUACCGAUCUCGAGGCGGAUCAACUUUUCGAUAUGACAACUGGUGAAUUUAGAUGUACAUAUUGUCGAGAGGUAGUGGAAGAAGAUCAGUCUGCUCUCCCAAAAAAAGAUUCGAGAUUGUUACUAGCUAAAUUCAAUGAACAGUUAGAACCGCUUUAUAUACUGUUGAGGGAAGUAGAAGGAAUCAAAUUGGCACCCGAGAUACUAGAGCCAGAACCCGUUGACAUCAAUACCAUUCGUGGUAUCGACACAAGAAAACCAAGUAGUCUUAGAGCACCGAACGAACAAUGGUCGGGCGAGGCUACCAGAAUGUCAGGCUUUAUGGUGGAAGAUACCAGAGUAGAUGUCACCAUCGGAAACGAGUCCCUCGAUGACAACGCGGCGAAUCACCGAAAGGAGAGACCGAUAUGGAUGAUGGAGAGUACAAUUAUCAAUUCUGAUGGCUUACAGCCGGACGGCGUGAAUACGCAAGAGAGCAUCUUGGACAAAGCUGCAGCCACUGCCACGAACACAGCUCCGUCAAAUAACAAACAAGGCGAGGAUAUUAUGUCGGUGUUGCUAGCACACGAGAAAAAGGGCAGCAGUAUCAAUCCCGUGGCAUCCGUCAAAGCAACACUUCCACAGGAAUCCAGCGAUAGCAGCGAUAACGAGGAAGAAGAAAUGCAAGCCGUUGAUACCGGUGAUGUGGAGGCAAUGGACUCUGAGGAUGAUGAACUCGUGCCGACUAUCAAUGUCGGUGGUAAAACGGUUGGGAUCACGGACGUUGACGAUACUCUGAUCGCCGAAAUGACACCCAUCGAAAAAGAAGCUUACAUCCAGACGUAUCAGGAAUACUAUUCGCAUAUAUAUGAUUAGACAAGAAGAACAAUGAGUGCCCUGCUCAUAAUGCUCCAUAAGUCUCCACACAAGACUGAACGUCGGUUUGAUAUAUCUGUCCUGUAAUAUUUUGUACAGUUACGAAAUAUAUAAUUUUCGAGAAUACA